AUGGCACGUGACAGACCACGCAAGCAACCAGUAAGUACUUCAGAUGCUACCUCAAAAACAACGGAAAGAGACCAAGGCGAAUCAAGCCAUCCACAGUCGGAGGAUGGAACUGAUGAGCAAAUGAUGAGAAGAUUUGCUCGGUGCCUAGCCGAAAACCUAGGAGAGGUUACAGUAGACCCCAAAAAGUGGUUUAGUAUUGAAAGGUUGAAGGCCUUAGGAGCCUCAACUUUUGAAGGAACCAUGAACCCAGCUGAUGCUGAAGCUUGGUUCGUGAUGGUAGAGAAAUGCUUCAGGGUAAUGUGGUGCCCUGAAGAUAGAAAAGUAGCCCUAGCCACUUUCCUACUCCAAAAAAGGGCGGAGGAUUGGUGGCGAGUGUUUAAAGAUAGAAGAAGAGGAAUGGAAGAAGUAACCUGGGAGGAAUUUGGAAAAGCCUUCCAUGAGAAAUUCUAUCCUCAAACAUUUCGCGAUGCAAAGCGAAAUGAAUUUCUGAAACUCGUACAAGGCUCACUAACAGUAGCCGAGUAUGAACAGAAAUACACUGAGCUUAGAAAAUAUGCCUCCUGUAUAAUUAUGGAUGAGACGGAGAGGAGUAGAAGAUUCAAGGAAGGGCUACGGGGUGAAAUCCGGACACACGUAACUGCCAGCAUGGAUAGGCAGGAUUUUCCAAAAUUGGUGGAAAUGGCAUUACGUGUGGAAGCUAGCUUGGAAUCGCUAGCAAUUUCAGAACCUGCGUGGGAGAGAGGAAGAAGCCAAAAAUACUCCUUAGGAGUCCUAGAUAGAAAAAUAAAUAAGACCAACUCUGGAAAGCAGAAGCUAGAUGGGAUCAAGUCAGGAAAGAAACCCAUCGUGUGGGAGAUGUGGGAUGUAUCACCCAAGGGGAGUGCUUAA